AUGGUCCGCAAGACGCAGACGACGCGCAAGUUGAUGGGCAGCAAGGCACUGCGCAAGCAGCUGACCACCAAGGCGGCCCACAAGAGCGCGCCGGCCACGGGCGGCGUGAGGAAGCCGCACCGCUACUGGCCUGGCACAGUGGCACUGCGCAAGAUCCAGCGCUACCAGAAGUUGACCAAGCUGCUGAUCUGCAAGCUGCUGUUCCAGCGCCUGGUGCGCGAGAUCGUACAGGACUUCAAGACCAACCUGCGCCUCCAGAGCUUGGCCGUCAUGGCGCUGCAGGAAGCGAGCGAGGCCUACCUGGUGGGCCUGUUCAAGGACACCAACCUGUGUGCCAUCCACGCCAAGCGCGUCACCAUCAUGCCCAAGGACAUCCAGCUCGCCAGAAAAUUUCCCAGGUUUGGA